AUGUCGACAAUACAACAGUUGAAGAACUUCAUCCGACACGGAAAGCAAGCCCGCGCAAACCCUGAGGAGCCUGCGCGGUCAAAACAUGCCGACCAUUCUUCCAACCAUCAUCACCACCAGCCCGCAAAGAUGGCGCCCCCUGUCUCAGAACCCAACCUAGGAGGCUCUCCGCCGCGGAACCACCAAGCGCCCGUUCAAGAUGCCUAUUCGGCCGUGCAAGCUGAUGGCCACAACCGUGUUGCCCAGGCUGGCCAUGCCGCUGCCCACCAUGCCGAGGCCGACCAGAACCUAGCAGCCAAGGCCAAGUCAAAGACCAAGAUCCCCGACGAGAACAUUGCCAGGCUUGUUGCCGAAGAGAAUGCGAGCAAGAGCAAGUUCCCCAAGUACCCCGGCCUUGAGAGAUGGGAGCUCGUCGAGAAGAUGGGCGAUGGCGCCUUCAGCAACGUUUACCGCGCACGGGAUUUGGAGGGUAACGCGGGCGAGGUGGCCAUCAAGGUCGUUCGCAAGUACGAAAUGAAUAACAUGCAGAGCAACAAACAUCUCCAUCCGGACUUCAAGCCAAAGGCCCCAAAGGCUGCAGAGCGAGCCAACAUUCUGAAAGAGGUGCAAAUCAUGCGCCAGCUUGACCACCCCAACAUCAUCAAACUUGUCGACUUCGCCGAGUCUCGUCAAUACUAUUACAUUAUUCUUGAGCUAGCACCUGGUGGCGAGCUGUUCCACCAGAUUGUGCGUCUGACGUACUUCAGCGAGGAUCUCUCCAGGCAUGUUAUCACGCAGGUAGCAAAGGCUCUUGAGUAUCUGCAUGAGGAGAAGGGCGUGGUUCAUCGUGACAUCAAGCCCGAAAACAUCCUCUUCAGCCCCAUUCCACAUGUGCCGUCGAAGCACCCGAAACCCAAGCAGCCAGGUGACGAGGACAAGGUUGAUGAGGGCGAGUUUAUCAAGGGCGUAGGCGCUGGCGGAAUUGGUCAGAUCAAGAUUGCCGAUUUUGGCCUAUCCAAGAUCGUAUGGGACAAACAAACCAUGACUCCGUGCGGCACUGUCGGGUAUACAGCACCCGAGAUUGUCAAGGACGAGCGUUACUCCAAGGCGGUCGAUAUGUGGGCGCUGGGUUGCGUUCUCUACACGCUUCUUUGCGGCUUCCCACCUUUCUACGAUGAGAGCAUUGAGGUCCUGACGGAGAAGGUUGCCAAGGGCCAGUUUACCUUCCUUUCGCCAUGGUGGGACGAUAUCAGCAAGUCUGCCCAGGAUCUUAUCUCCCAUCUUUUGUGUGUUGAUCCCGAGAAGCGUUACACGAUCACAGAGUUCCUCGCGCAUCCUUGGAUCGCCGGCUCGGGUCCUACCCCAAGAGACGAGCAGAAGAACCCCACCUCGACCGGUGUGCUGCGGGCCUUCGAUGCAUCCAAGAUUGUGGAUGGAGACAGGCGCUAUGACUUCCGCUCUCCAGGUGCUGUCAAUCUCCGCGAGGUGUUUGAUGUCGGUUAUGCCGUCCAUCGCCAAGAGGAAGAAGGCAAGAGACGUCAUAAUCUUGGAGCCAAGGCGGGCGUGUCUCGUCUGGUAGGUCUCGACGAGAACUCCGACGAGGGAGAGGAUGUUGCUAUGCCUGAUGCCGUAAAUGGCAAGCAAUAUCAUAUAUCUCUUGAGCAAAGCAUGCGCAAUGCUCAGAUCAGGGACCAGCAACAGGAGCAACGCGGCAGGGACCGCGAGAGGAAGGCUCACCCACCCCCAGCGGCCGCUGAACAAAGAGGCUAUGGACAGCACUCCGCAACUGUCACGGCUGCCGCCAGACAACAGGUUCGCGAACGCAACCGACAAAAGGGAGCGUUCGAGCUUAAUCUGGACGGUGCCACUUUGCUCGGACGGCGUGGAGUUAAGCCGUCGCCUGCUGCUCGAGUUGCAUAG